AUGCAGACCCAAGAGCAGUUGUCUCAAGAAGCUGGCCUAGAAUUCACGAAAUGGGAUCAUAUUUGGAAGAUGAAGGUACCACCAAAAUUUAAAAAUUUCAUUUGGCGCUGUGUUAGAAAUAUUCUGCCUGUCUGUGAAGUUCUUCAGACUAAAGGCAUAUGGAUUGGUGGUGGUUGCUCUUUGUGUGUAGGAGAGACUGAAACUAUUGCACAUCUGUUAUGUGAAUGCCCGGUGGCUAGACAACUAUGGGAGGGUAGGGACUUGCUUCGGAAUUCCUCGUUCUCUCAAUUUGUGGAAUCUGUUUUGCUUUUAUCAGAUGGUAAAGAGGCUCUGCUCAUGGCUGCGAGAUUCUGGACAGUGUGGCUUGCAAGGAAUGACAAAGUUUUUAAUAAUAAAAUAUGGUCCAUGACUAUGCUGAAGGAAAAGAUGAAUUAUUUUGUGCAUGAGUGGCAGAAUAUGGAUACUGCAAUUCCAACUGUUCCGAAUGUGUCUUCAGUUCUUGUAUGUGCAUGGUCUCCUCUUCCUCUAGGAAUGUUAAAAUGCAAUGUGGAUGCUUCAAUUCUACAUGGGCACGUAGGGGCUGGUGCAGUGCUCCGUGACCAUGCUGGGAGAUUUGUGGCAGCUUUUGCAACCCGUCUUCAAUGCGCUCCGGACCCUUAUCUCGCAGAAACCAUGGCGAUUAAGGAAGCACUUUCUUGGUUCAAGACUCGUGGCGUGAAUCAUGUUAUUUUGGAGACAGAUUGUUUGAAUUUUUGUUCUUCUUUUAAUUCCUCGUGUCGUGAUCUUUCUUAUGUUGGUAUUCUAAUUAAGCAAUGUCAUACUAUUGCUAGAGACAUUGGAGAUGUUGUUGUCUGCCAUGUCAAAAGGUCAGUUAAUCAAGUGGCUCAUGUGCUUGCACGGGCGACUAGAUCUGCGUCUGUCCUUGGUGUUUGGGACUAUGUUCCCCCUGACUGUAUUUCGAACUUGAUUCUUCUUUGA